CUAAGCGAAUACUUUAAAAGUACCUAUUUGGAAAAAAUAAUGUAUUUAAAUUUAGGAAAAGUUUUUCCCGAAGUGCUAAACAUUUGUAUGAAUAUUUUAAGAAAAUAUUAAUAGUCUUAUUUUAAAUCAUACCAUCAACGUGACUGCUAUAGUAUAGUCUACUGAUGACUGCUAAAUAUAAAUUUAGAAAUAUCUCAAUUUACGACGUUAGGCUUAACACUUGUUUUAUUUUAAGUUAAUCUAUUCUAGAACGUAGCGCAACAUUAAAACUUCAUUGAUAUAAGUUGUAAUUAAAUUUUGAACGUCAAAAUGAGAAGCAGAAGUAAUUCAGGCGUUAGGCUUGACUACUACCAACGGAUAGUAUAUAGAACAAUACUUGAACAUCAGAAUCCUGUGACUGGACUACUGCCAAGUGGAGCAUAUACUGACCAUGCCUGGGUUCGAGAUAAUGUUUAUUCUAUUAUGGCUGUUUGGGCUCUAGCCCAGGCAUACAGAAAAAAUGCUGACCUGGAUGAGGAUCGGGCUAAAACCUAUGAGCUGGAACAGAGUUGUGUGAAGCUGAUGAGAGGGUUGCUGAUGUCCAUGAUGAAGCAGAAAGAGAAACUGGAACGUUUUAAGGAAACUCAAGCAACCACAGACUGUUUCCAUGCCAAAUACAGCUCUACUAGUGGAGCUACAGUUGUAGGAGACAAAGAGUGGGGACAUCUCCAACUUGAUGCGACUUCCCUUUACCUACUAACACUUGCUCAGAUGACUGCAUCAGGAUUGCAGAUAAUUUUCAACACAGAUGAAGUAGCAUUUAUUCAGAACCUUGUUUUUUACAUUGAAUCUGCAUACUGUGUUCCUGACUAUGGUAUUUGGGAAAGAGGGGACAAAACUAAUCAUGGAUUACCGGAAUUAAAUGCCAGCUCAAUAGGCAUGGUUAAGGCUGCUUUGGAAGCAUUGAAUGAGAUUGAUCUCUUUGGUGGCCGAGGAGGGCCUGCUUCUGUUGUGCACGUGCUGGCUGAUGAAGCCCAGAAAUGUCAUGCUGUGCUGCAAUCUAUGCUACCCAGGGAGUCUAACUCAAAGGAAGUGGAUGCUGCACUUCUCUCUAUUAUUAGUUUCCCAGCUUUUGCUGUUGAAGACCCAGAACUUAUUCAACAAACCAGAGAAACUAUAGAGGAAAAACUACAGGGAAGGUAUGGAUGUAAGAGGUUUUUGAGGGAUGGACACAAGACAGCCAAAGAGGAUCCAAGUCGAUUAUAUUAUGAACCUUGGGAACUAAAGGUAUUUGAAGGAAUUGAAUGUGAAUGGCCACUAUUCUACUGUUAUUUAAUCAUUGAUGCCUGUUUCCGUGGUGACAGGGAAGCAGUGGAGGAGUAUUCUGAAGCUUUAGACGAAAUUCUUAUUAAAAGUGAAAAUGGCUUGAAAUUUGUGCCCGAGCUGUACACUGUUCCAGCUGACAAGGUUGAGCUUGAAUACAGACAACCACACAGUCAGGACAGGGUGCCGAUUGGGCAAAUUCCAUUCAUGUGGGCCCAAUCUUUGUACAUCAUUGGUCGUCUUGUUCAAGAAGGAUUCUUGGCUCCAGGUGAGUUAGACCCACUGAACAGAAGAUUGUGCUCCCAGAAAAAACCUGAUGUGGUUGUUCAAGUUGUUAUCCUAGCAGAGGAUAGUAUCAUUCAAGAAAAACUUCUCAGCCAUGACAUCCAUGUCCAGACAAUUUUUGAAGUUUCCCCAAUUGAAGUUCAACCUGCACGAGCUCUCAGCCAUAUUUAUGCUUACUUAGGUGAGUACUGUGUGGUUUUAUUUCAGAUACUAGUUUCAUUGAAUACUUUAAUUGUUGUUGUGU